UCUCCUCCUUCUCUUUCUCCUCCUCCUCCUCUCUCCUCCUCCUCCUCCUCCUCUUCCUCUCAGUGGGGCCCUCUGUGGGUCAGACAGGAACAAUAUGGCGCCGGGUGGAGUGUUAGCCUCUGGUCCAGUCUUUGUCUGAGGGUCUGGGGAUCCGUCAGGAUGAACCUCUGCGCCCAGUAUCUGAGACAGGCAGAGGCCCUGAAGGCUGACAUGACAGAUUCAAAGCUGGGGGCGGCAGAGGUGUGGACGUCUCGGCAGGCCCUGCAGGACCUGUACCAGAAGAUGCUGGUCACAGACCUGGAGUACGCUCUGGACAAGAAGGUGGAGCAAGACCUGUGGAAUCAUGCUUUCAAGAACCAGAUCACCACCCUGCAGAGCCAGGCCAAGAACAGAGCCAACCCCAACCGCAGCGAGGUCCAGGCCAACCUGUCGCUGUUCCUGGAGGCCGCGAGCGGCUUCUACACUCAGCUGCUGCAGGAGCUCUGCACCGUGUUCAACGUGGACCUGCCGAGUCGCGUCAAGUCGUCGCAGCUCGGCAUCAUCAGCAAUAAACAGAGCAGCAGCAGCGCCAUCGUCACGCCGCAGCCCAGCUCCUGCUCCUACAUCUGCCAGCACUGCCUCGUCCACCUCGGAGACAUCGCUCGUUACCGCAACCAGACCAGCCAGGCGGAGUCGUACUACAGACAUGCAGCUCAGCUGGUCCCAUCCAACGGUCAGCCCUACAACCAGCUGGCCAUCCUGGCCUCCUCUAAAGGAGACCACCUCACCACCAUCUUCUACUACUGCCGCAGCAUCGCUGUCAAGUUCCCCUUCCCCGCAGCCUCCACCAACCUGCAGAAGGCCCUGUCCAAGGCUCUGGAGAGCCGUGAUGAGGUGAAAACCAAGUGGAGCGUGUCGGAUUUCAUCAGGGCCUUCAUCAAGUUUCACGGUCACGUCUACCUGAGUAAGAGUCUGGACAAACUGGACGCUCUGAGGGAGAGGCUGGAGGAGCAGUUUCAGAGGCUGAUCCUGCAGAAAGCCUUCAGCUCUCAGCAGCUGGUCCACAUCACCGUCAUCAACCUGUUUGAGCUCCAUCACCUGAGAGACCUGACAGCCGACAGCAGCGAGCAGAGCUACAGCAGCGAGCAGCAGAUCGGCUGGUUCCAGCUGCUGGGACUCUUCAUGUCCUUCCUGGGCGUCAUGUGCAGCCGCGCUCUGCUCAACAGGAGCCGGGGGGAGGAGAUCAUGGGGGAGUGUCCUCUGCCCGCCAUCAAGGUCUCUCUGGACUGGCUCAGGCUGAGACCCAGCGUCUUCCACGAGGCCGCGGUGGACAAGAGGCAGCAUAUCUGGCCCUGGCUGGUCUCCAUCCUCAACAGCUUCCAGCCCAAAGAGGACGACGUGUCGUGCUCCUCAGUGACGCCCCUGCCCGAGGAGUUUGAGCUGCAGGGUUUCUUGGCGCUGCGGCCCGCUCUCAGGUCUCUGGACUUCACCCAAGGUCAUCAGGGGAUUCUGGUGGACAGAGACGGUCUGCCGGUCCACACC